AACCGGAAGUGGUAGUUUAACACCCGGAAGCGACUGUUUGUGUUUUUGUGUCUGAAAGGCGCCCAAUUAGGCUCCGUUAUCCGCUAUUAUUGACACCGGUAACUCCUCGUCGACCCGCAGAGUUCGUCCACCGGCUGUAGGGACUCACCGGGAGUCUGUGUGUGAGCCACCGGCGUGUCCUCCGGUCCCCGGUGCGUCUGGUUGCCGGUAGCCGGGUUAGCUGGCCGUCAUGGCGGCUGGAGGCGGCGCGGCGACUCCGCAUGUCGGUGAUGUUGAAGAAGACGCUUCUCAGCUGCUGUUUCCUAAAGAGUUCGAGAACGCCGAGACGCUGCUGAACUCGGAGGUCCACAUGUUGCUGGAACACAGGAAGCAGCAGAACGAGAGCGCCGAGGACGAGCAGGAGCUGUCCGAGGUCUUCAUGAAGACGCUCAACUACACGGCCCGGUUCAGUCGCUUCAAGAACCGCGAGACCAUCACAGCCGUGCGCAGUCUCCUCCUGCAGAAGAAGCUCCAUAAGUUCGAGUUGGCCAGUUUGGCAAAUCUUUGUCCUGAAGCUGCUGAAGAGGCCAAAGCUCUGAUCCCGAGUCUGGAGGGUCGGUUCGAAGACGAGGAGCUGCAGCAGAUUCUGGACGACAUCCAGACCAAGAGGAGCUUCCAGUACUGAGGCCGGUUUACACCUCGUUAGUCUCUGUUCACGUCGGACUGAUGGUUUCCAGCAGCUUUUCAUUCCUUUUACUGUCACAAUAAAGUCUAGUUUGUCUUUUUUUUU